UGCCUGCUCUCCUGCCCGGGCGGAAGGUAGGGGGGACGAAGGCGAAGGGGAGCGGAGAUUCGGAAAAGGGGGCGAAGGCGGGGAGAAGGAAGCAGCGCAGAGGUUAUUGCACGCCGUGCCCCACUUUGAAGAAGAGACCCUCCUUUGCAGUAGGAGGAGGCACCGCAACAGCCGCCGCCGCCACUGGGGGGAGGAAAACAGGAGCGCCUCCCCCCGCUUCUUCCUUCCCCAGGGAGUGUGGGGUGUGUGGGGGUGGUUGCAAAAGAGAAGACACCCCCCCCCCCGAAAUCCUUUCCUUCCCCAGCCCUUUUCCUGCCCGCCCGCCCUCCUUGCCUGCUGAAGAGCAGGGAGCAGGCGGGCAGGGAAAGGGGAGCCGGGGCUGGAAGGAAGGGGGAGGAAAAGAAAAGCCGGAGAAGAAAAACAGCCGCGGCGGAAGAGACCACGGGGGCAGCCGCCGAAGAGGAGGCGAGGGCUGGGCUGCUCGCUCCCUUUCCUUGUUUGCAAACUGCGCCCUUUUGAUUUUUUUGAUCUUAUUUUUUUUUUCGUACCGGGCCGGAUCCGCCCGGACUCUGCUUCAUCACGUGGCUGUCCUCUGGCGAGGCAGUAGGAAACAGCAGAGCUGGCCUCUGCAACGGGAGAGGUUGGACUUCCCGUCUCUCGGUGCUGAAUGGCUACUAUGGCGCCCGCUCUCACUGACGCAGCAGCUGAAGCUCACCACAUCCGGUUCAAACUGGCUCCCCCAUCCUCCGCCCUGUCUCCUGGCAGUGCCGAGAACAACGGCAACGCCAACAACAUACUUGUCACCACCAACGGCACCAAAAGGAAAGCUGAGGAUUCCAGCCUAGAUUUUCGAAAUAACCCAACAAAGGAAGAGCUGGGAAAGCUGCAACCCCUGGUGGCAUCCUACCUCUGUUCGGAUGUAAAAUCUGUUCCUCCAAAGGAGUCUUUGAAGCUUCAAGGGGUCUUCAAAAAACAGACAGUCCUUAAGUCUCACUCUCUGUUAUCACAGUCCUUCUUGAAAACUAGUGACUUGUUGGGGAGGCAACCAGUGUUGGAGUUUUCCUUGGAAAACCUAAAAACCAUGAGCACGAGUAAUCAGACACCUCUGCCGCAAGCACCUGUCAAUGGAUUGGCUAAAAAGUUAGCUAAGAGUAACAGUUCUGAUCAUGAAAACUCUGCUUCACUUAAUGGCGGGAAGCGUGCUGUCCCUUCUGCCACCCUCCAGGAUAUUGAUUCUAAUAGGCCUGGGGGUUCUGAUUUGGGGGACCUGAAAUCAGGUUUGACGAAUUGCACUCUUCCACACAGAAAUCUUGAUGCAGAGCAUGCAGCUCUACUUAGCAAUAAUGGCAUUGCAAAUAAACGAACCCUGAAUUCUCCGGAACAUGGGUAUGAAGGGGGCAGUGGAGAAAACAGGUUGUUGACAUUAUCUGGUGUGCCUGCUCCUUCUGAGCUUGGGAGCAGCAAACCUGAAGAGCAGAAGAUCUCUCUGCCAAACAACUCCUUCAGCACCCUGGAUUCUGAUAUGAGGACAAAGGUACUGUUGCGGCGGCAGGUAGACAUUGAAAAUCGUGCUCGCAGGCUCCAAAAGCGCUUACAGGUGGUGCAGGCCAAGCAGGUGGAGCGACAUAUCCAGCAACAGCUGGGUGGAUUCUUGGAGAAGACUCUGAGCAAGUUGCCAGCUUUGGACUCUUUGAGACACCGGAGUCAGCUGAUGCUGACCCGCAAGGCAGAAGCAGCUUUGAGGAAAGCUGCAAGUGAGACAAAUACUUCAGAAGGACUGAGCAGCUUCCUAAAAAAUGACUCUAUCUCAGAGGAACUGGAGAGGUUUACUGCCAGUGGGAUGGCUAACCUGCGAUCCUGUGAGCAAGCGUUUGACUCUGACGUUACAGACAGCAGCUCAGGAGGGGAGUCUGAUAUUGAAGAGGAGGAACUGACCAAAGCAGACACUGAACAGUGCCACAUACCACUGAGGCGGCGGUCAGAAUGGCGAUGGGCAGCAGACAGAGCAGCCAUUGUGAGUCGCUGGAACUGGCUUCAAGCACAUGUAUCGGAUCUGGAGUACCGAAUCCGGCAGCAAACGGAUAUUUACAAGCAGAUUCGAGCGACCAAGGGCCUGAUACUCCUUGGUGAGGCACCUCCCUCUGAACCCACCUUAGGUGACUCAUCCCACACACUCAGUGCUGAUGUCAAGCUGGAGCCUGGGGUUGAUAGACUGGGCACGUCAGCAUCUCAGCCACCCGAGAAUUUCUGUAUGUCUGUUGGCAAUACCCAAGAAUCCCUACCUGCCAAAACCUGUGGAGUGCCAAGGCCAGUCAAUGGCGUCAUAAACACUCUACAGCCUGGCUUGACGGAGCACGCUCAGGGAGACAGCUCGGAUGCUGAGGAGCUGCUGCGUAAAAAACAGAGGCUACAUUUAGUCUCUUCCCCUCCUGAUGGAACCUGUGUAGCAGCCCGCACCCGCCCUGUCCUCAGCUGCAAGAAACGACGACUGGUUCGACCCAACACCCUGGUACCACUCUCCAAGAAGGUUCAUCGCAAUAGCAUGGGGCGGUGCAACUGUGAUGUGAACCCCUUAUGUGCUCUGUGUGGCACGCGGAACUCAGUGCCUCCAGAAAUCCAGUAUGAAGCCCCUUUGAUGGAACGUCUUUCUCAGUUGGACUCCUGCAUCCACCCUGUUCUCUCAUUCCCAGAUGAUGUACCGAUGAGUUUGCAUUUCCAGAGCAUGCUGAAAUCCCAACUGCAGAACAAGCCUUGUGAGAAAAUCAAACCUCCCAAAAAGCUCACCCUGAAGCAUCGGCCCACCAUGCCUCCUAGCAGUCUGUCUGACCCACUGCGCAAGGACCGCCACAAGCUAGUUAAUACUUUCUUAGCUGCGGCCACUUGCUCACAUCACAAAACCGAGCCAGACAAGGCACACAGACAGUCCUUAGACGAUCUAAGGGCUGCUCCCAAGGCCGAGAGAGCGCCAGAGCGCUCACUUAUCCUGACUCCAGUUCAUGAGAGAAAGCGAUUACGGGACAGCUCCUCCGAGAGAAGCGAAGUGUUGAAGCACCAUGCAGAUAUUGGAGGCUCAAGCUACCUGUCAAGCACUAUGGCCACAUCAGCUCACAGUCCCAUCAUGCGGCAGCUGUCCACUUCCUCGGAAAACUCCACCCCUGCCAGCACAAGUUCCCUGAGUGCCUCCAGUGCGUCUCAGCAGCCAAGAAGGAGAAGAGGGGAAAGCUCUUUUGACAUUAACAACAUUGUCAUCCCUAUGUCAGUUGCUGCAACAACUCGUGUAGAAAAACUGCAGUACAAGGAAAUCCUUACACCAAGCUGGCGAGUUGUGGAUAUCGGUGCUCUGAAGGUGAACCCAGAUGAAGACAGCGAAGAGAUAGAGGACUUGUCAGAUGCAGCCUUUGCCACUCUCCAUGCCAAGUGUGAGGAAAUGGAGCGGGCAAGGUGGCUCUGGAGCACAAGUAUGCCACCUCAGCGGCGGGGCAGCAGGUCUUACAGAUCAGCAGAUGGACGGACAACCCCACAGAUGGGGAACCCAUCUACUCCACAGCCAGCAUCCCCUGAAGUUGGCAAUUGCCACUCCCACUCUGACUUCUCCCACACCCAUUCUCCACGUAGUCCCAUCAGCCCUGACCUGUUGUCUGGUCCCCACACUCCUCUGUCCCGGGACUCCAUGCGGCAUCUGUCCACAGAGGACACACGUUGCUCCACACCAGAAUCUGGCCUGGAUGAACAGACUGUACAGCCCUGGGAACGGCGCAGCUUUCCACUUUCCUACAACCCCAAGACAGAGUGUGAAGACCAAUCAGAUCCACAGGACCGGACGUCACGCUGCACACGGCGCACCUCUGGCAGCAAGCCCUCCCGAGAGACAGAAGGAGCACCCACCUCACCCACUCUUGCUAGCCUCAAGAACCGGAACCCGGGGACACUGGCCCCAAUCCAGCGGCCGGCCCACAGAUAAGAAAUGGACAGGAAGAUGAAAGCAAAAAAAAGCAAUCCACCAAACUAACUCUUGGCAUUAAAGCUUCCGAAAUCUGCGUUUGAUAUUCAAACAUCCUGCUGGGAAUUUUCACAGUUUUUAGUGAAUUUAAGGAGUUUAGAAACUUUUUUUCUCCUCCCCCCCCCCCUUUCUCUUUCAGUGUUUCCUUGUCACAGACACCUUAUUCAGUGCUGUGUGGUCUAGUGAGGAGAGCAAACCUGUUGCACCCUCCCCAUGCUUAGGUGUAUACUUCUAGAACUGAGUGUGAAGCUGGCUAAUUGACCUUGGAAAUAAUUCUUGGGUGAAAAGCUGCCUUUUUUUUGUCAUUCAGUGUCUGUUCUCCUUACUUGCCACCACCACCUCUCUGUCCUCCCCCUCCCUUAAGAUUUUAGUGGAGUGAAAUUAGUGGUGAAAAGUGAUGUCUGCAUUCCACCUUCCUCACGAAGUGUUCCACUCACGGACCACACUAGCACCAGAAAGCACUUGCAGUGCAAACCCUCUAGUUGUUCGGUUCCCAGAGCUGUAUUCAAGAGGGACAGCUUCUUGCUCUUGAGCCUCAGUGAGCUCUUCCCCUCCACUUACCUGCUUUAAUCCUCUCUGCUGUUUGUUGCUGCUUUUAAUAUCAUUUCUCCAUCUUAAAGAGGAGCUGUUCUGUUCAUGGAAGGAAAAGGCCAUUUAUCCACAGCACCCCAAAGUACCAUUUGGGGCAUCAGUUUUCUUCAAACCCUAUUGUGGGUUUUUGGGGGGGGGUGUAAUGUAAUAGCAAUGGAAAUGGGGUCCAACAUUUCAAAAGGAGCAGUUUUCUACACCUUCAGAUUUUUUUGUUAGCUGUGACUCGUAAUUCCCACCCCAUUCCUUUCACUGAUCUGUUAACAAUUAACUUUUCAAUUUUGCCCUCUGCUGUUCGUUUAAAAAUUGGAGUUGGUUAUACAUCAUCUGCUACUGAAUUGCAAUACAGUAGUGUUAAGCCUUAAAUAGUGGGAGGAAUGUCACAGGAUUCAACCACUCGCCACCCUUGACCCAUAAGCCAUAUUUUAGUUAGAUUAGUAUAAUUUCAUUGUGUGCUUUCCCCCCUCCUCAAAAGUAGCCUGUGGUGUGUUGCUUAAAAUUAAUCCUUCAGUUUUACAAUUGGUACCUUGAGUACCUAAAAUGUUUGGAAUUUUUGCACAGAGCAAAGUAUGACUUUGUUUUUCACCACUAUUGUUGAACUCCACUUCCACACUCAAGCUCGUUUGGAUGCAAGCUACUCGUCAGGUUGUUCUCCCUCUUUCUGAGAGUGUCUCAGGCCAAGGAUCACCAAGCUCAACAGGUUCUUUUUUAAUUAUCAUUAUUUAAAGAGGCCGCUGCCAUCACCUCCCAUCCCCAGCGACUCCCAAAUUCUGCACACCGAUCAAUCUGUAACGUUUUUCUGACCCUAGCGGUGUGGCUGUUGGUCCCUGUCCUGUUGUUAGCAUUGCGCCUGUCUUCUGUAUUAAUCACGUCACCAAAAAAGGAAAAAAAGACAUUUUUUCCCAUUUUGUAAUCGUAAUGAAAUAGUAGCUAAACUGCUUAAUGGUUGGGGUUUUUUCACAAUUUUCAACAUUACCUAAUUUUUUUUGGUUCUGUUCUAGUUUAAUUUCUUUUAAAAAGAGGAAAAAAACCCAAUGCUACCAUAUCCCUUUGCAUUAAGUGCUUUUCUAUUUAUAAAGUUGAAAAUUCUGAAUAACCCUUUUAGCGUUAUAAAGGAAAAAAAUUCACAAAAAAACCUUGUAUUUUGUAAAUAUUUCUUUUCCUGCUUCAAGCUGUGUAAUGUCCUUGUUAUAUAGAAACGCUUUUCUUCAGAGAAGCUGAUCUUUGUUUAAUGUCUUGAUUCUGUUGGCCAAAGCACAGAUGUGUGCUUAUAAAAAAGGAAAAAAAAGGAUUAAAAAAAA